GCCAAAAGACGCCCACUCCAAAGCCUGGUUUUUGGCCAAUGGUUUUCAUAAUUCCACCUUCGCACUAGAUAAAGUUCAAGAAUUCUCUCAAUACCUUCUCCAUCUACAUACUCCCAUUCACAUUAAGAUCACCUCCUUCCGUCGUAUUCUAAAGCUUUCACCGCCGGCAAAUCGACCACAGGCACAACCCAUACUGUACCAUGACAGGGGGACAGCAUACAGUGAUCAUGAAACCUAGCCGGAGCGACGACGUUUUGGACGCUGAUGAGCAGAUCCUGAUCACGAACCAGGUCCGAGCACAGUUCGAAUCCAUGAUGCCCAAAAGACCAGCCAAACCAAACCGGAGCGAACCCGAUUCAACCUCGUCACUUGUUCCGGAUGAAGAAAUUCAUAUUCCUGAGCUGAACAAGCUUAAAUAUCUUCAAUCACAAGCAAUAUUUUCGGGAACGAAAAGUGGGGAUGAAGACGACGAGUUUGUGGAGACCCAGUACUACAAAGAGUUGGAAUCCAUUGAUAGACAGCAUCACAUGACGGGAAAUGGUUUUAUAAAAAUGGACAUGGAAAAGAGUGAAAAUGAAGAUGAUCUUCAAUUACGAGGAAGCCAUAGCACUAAUGGAGAAUUUAAACAGAUCAUUUUCAAGACUAACCCAGCAACAAAUGAUUGGAUUCCAAGCUUCGAAGAUCACCAGGUUGGAUUUAUUUCGUCGAAGCCAAAUCGGAGCGAGAGUUGUUAGGUCGCCGGAAGUAGAAGAAAUUAUCAUACUAUGGACUUUAUCUUUAGUAUUUUAAUCUUGUAUUAUUGGAGCGAGAAUUAUUAUUAGUCAUUUCGUGGGAAUAAAAUAUAUGGAAUUAUUGAGUUUU